CCUAGUUUACAACAAGAGGGAGGGGAAAAGAAAGAAAGGGCCAGACGAAGCCAGAGAGAAGAAAUUGUGGAGAAGAGAGUUGAGCUAAAGUGAGGAGAUGUUAUGAUACGUUAACUUUUCUACUACAAAUACCUGCGGAGCUGACGGACAGGAGUGGGCGCGCGCGAAGUGACCUGCUGCAGGCGGAGAUCGCACCGGACCUCGAGCUGCUAUUUCUAUAUAAAGCCCACGAUACCACGGAUCUGUGUCAGAGCAUCUCCAGCUGGUCUCUUGCUUCGGUUUUCUGCCGUUGAGCUCAAUUAUGUCGUUUUCUUUGGUCCAAGGGGAGCAGCAACCAACAUAGAACAGUGCUCUGGUCUCGCCCCACUUUCUGUCAUUGGGUCCGAGUUAUCAUCAUCGCUGCUGCUCAUGACAGCGUUGGAGUGAAAUACUUUUGCUAACUAUACUUUCAGUCGAUUAUCUCUUUGAGACGUUGAUAGAUACGAGGUAGGGGUGUGUGCGGGAGCCGACUGAGGCCAAGGUGGUGUUUAAAAAAUAUAUAUCAACGUUAGUGGGGGUAGCGCAUUGGUGGCUAGCUUGCAAAAACAGUGGGUCUUUGGAUUUAACCAGCAAAUGGAGAGCCAGUGGGAGAUGGGUGAAUGCACCAGUUUUACGCACACCUGCAUGUGAUACGCCUUGUGUGGUAGAAAGUUAAUUGAUGGUGAAUACGAUUUCACGUUGCUUUACAUUUGAAUAUGAGUUUGUGCCAAAGCAAUAGAAUAUCAAUGUUGGAUGCUGACAGUAACCAUACGGCUAAACAGGCAGGUAGCUAACGGUUUUGGGAGUAAAAAAUGCAGGCGUAUUCAGGCAGGUUUUAGUAAAUUUAGCUACCAUCUUAUAGAUCUAGUACUCCGCAGUCAUUGUUCCUCAAAUAAGUGGUUUCAUGGUGUGAAGAAAAACAAUAGUAACAGACAUAUGUUGUGUAAAGGAAGGGUAGUGACAUGAGGACAAUAAUUGCGUUUCUUUGACUGCUUUCUGUUUCUGUUCGGCGGGUGCAGGGCCAGGGGCCGGUGCACUUGAAGCUCGGGUUGCCUUCUCGAGUUGAACCAGUCGGCUGUAUUUUGAAGUAACACAGGUUAUUUUGACUGACAAUUGCAGUGCUACGUGCUUCUUCACCUGCAUUGUUUGCUGUUUGGAUUUUUAGGCUGGGUUUCUGUACAGCACUUUGAGAUAUCAGCUGAUGUUUGAAGGGCUAUAUAAAUUUGAUGUGAUACUUGCGUCAAUGUAGACUGCAAUAAACCCAUCUGUGGUGGCCAGCUAACGUAAGAUAAACAAUUGGGGUUGCCACUUGUCCUCCAAACUUCAGCAAUAACAUCCAAAGUAAAAGCAUGAUGUUGCUGAGCAUAGCCUGCACUGGAGUUUAUGGAUGGCAAAUAGCUGCUGCUAGCCUGUGUUCAUUCAGCUAACUAGUAGUUGUGUAUAACUUUACACACGGUCCGAUGCAUACGCAAUUGAUUGAUAGAUUCAGACAUACACAUCCCUUCAAUAAACAAAUCUAUCAGGAUGAUGAAUUUGAUAGCUUUGUCAUUUUGAGCAUUUGCAUAACAAAAAGCUAGCCAGAUAGCUAAUGCACAUAGUUAGCUAGCCAGCUUGCUAUCCACUGCUAGCAAUUCAUGUUAGUGUCGUCCAAGCUAGCUGUCAGACAUUCUUGGUCAACUAGAUGCAAUAAAUCGAAUACUCCGGAGAUCGUUUCUGCCCUAAAAAAUUUACUAGCCUUUCGUACCAUUUGUACAUUGCUAAACUGAAGCGAGUAUGUGUAGAGACAAGUUGAACAUGGCCGCGAGGAUAGCGUAUGUCUCGGACUGAUGUGCCAAUUUACUCCGUGGAUGAGGGUGAGGCCUAGUUAACUUACUCAUGACCGCAGCACUCCAGUAAUGUAAACAAACAGACGAGGGUACAUCAGGGGUUAUUAGAUCAAGAGGAACACAUACUUCUCCGAUGAUAUUUAACAUAUUGUCCCAUCUGUAUCCUGUUGCAACUUGUGACUAUUUGGCAAUCCAUUUUACAUUGUGUUAUUCCCCGUAUUUCAUGUUCUGCACUGGGGAAAUAUAGUUGUUAUCGUCAAUGCGCGUGAAUAAAUAGGCUGCUCGCAGAGAAUGCGGCAUUCUGAAAAUAUGAAAGCGUGAGCUGGUCUCAUGUUGUUGACCGAUAAGCCUGGGACUUCAUUUUAAUCAGAAAUCAACAUUUACAGAUAUCUGUGCGCCACCGGGUAAAUCAUAAUAGCAGUGCGUCUAUUGCAGUGAACGUUGUGCGUGAUGACCGCAAUCUGAAGAUAAGCGUCAGAUACAGGCACUAUCGAGCACUGUUGCGUUCUUGUUUCAUCGAUGGAGUUGCCAUCCACUAUACGAUCUUGGAUCACUGAUGGAUGUUUGAACACAUGGAUUUUUAUCUGACAUUGUAAAGGGACGUUUUCAAGGACCCUUUUUAAUUGACUCACGUUUUUGGAAAAACACAAUAAAGGACCCUUUUCAACCAUGUAUUCGUCAGAAAGCCCUCAAUACCUCCGUCAAGGACUGAGCAUGUUUGUCUGGACCAACGUGGAACCCCGGUCAGUUCCUGUGUUUCCCUGGCAUUCAUUGGUCCCUUUCCUGGCACCAACCCAAUCAGACGCCUCUACUCAGUCUGGUGAGGGCCAACAACCAAUCAAUCAUCCCCAAGCUGCCAGUCUGAAAACAGAGUCUCAGGGGGGUGCAGUGCUGCUACAGGAGGCCAAUGAGGACCCCCCCACCCUGGAGAGAGGACCCACAAGGCCAACUCCCUCCACAGAUGACCUGGCCCCUGAGAGGGAGAGGGAGGCCGAAAGAGAGAGGCCAGACAGUGAGACUGAGAGUGAUGUGGAUGACCCGUUCUUCCCCAGUGUUCUUCCUGAGCCGCCCUUGUCUGUGACUCCUGUGAAGAGACGCACUCAGUCCCUCAGCGCCCUGCCCAAAGAUGGGGACAAAAUCAGCCCUAACAAGAGGGAGAAGGACCACAUCAGGCGGCCGAUGAACGCGUUCAUGAUCUUCAGUAAGCGUCAUCGAGCGCUGGUGCACCAGAGGCACCCCAACCAGGACAACCGCACGGUUAGCAAGAUCCUGGGCGAGUGGUGGUAUGCCCUGGGGCCCAAAGAGAAGCAGAAGUAUCACGACCUCGCCUUCCAGGUGAAGGAGGCCCACUUUAAGGCCCACCCAGACUGGAAGUGGUGCAACAAAGACAGGAAGAAGUCUAGUUCUGAUGGCCGAGGGCUCCCAGGGCCAGGGGGCAAAGACAUUAGAGAAAGGAGCAUGUCUGAGACCACCGAGCCCCAUGGUGUGGAGCUGAAAGGGGUGGGGCCUGGCCUGCUGGGUGUGUCUGAGCGGAAUCCAGGGGAGGGGCAUGUAGGUCAGCUACCACGCCCCCGAGCCUUCUCCCAGAGUGCCGUGCACAGCCUGGAGAGGUGUGAGAGGGGCAACACACAGGCCCUGGCCGAACUGUCACAGAUGUGUGGGGAUGGUGGUGGCCAGUUUUCGGGGCGCGCCCAGACCCUGUCCCGGUCUCAGAGGGGGGUCAGUGAGGACAUGACCAGUGAUGAGGAACGCAUGGUCAUCUGUGAAGAGGAGGGAGACGACGAUGUCAUUGAGGACCCGUACCCUGCCAACUCCAUAGACCUGAAGUGUAAGGAGAGAGUGACGGACAGCGACAGUGACAACGCCUCUGGGAACGAGAGCGAUCGCAAGCGUGUCUUUGCUCCAGCGAUCUGCUCUUCCUCCUCCCAGCCCACCCCCCACGGACGCUCCGUCUCUCUCUCCUCCUACCCUUCCAAACGCUACAACGAGGAGAGAGGAGGUGGGCUCUCAGACCGCAGGAGGAAGAGAGGAAUAGAGGGAGGAGGUGGUGAUGGAGGAGGAGUGGCAUCCCUCUCUCUUUCCCUGUCCUCCUCAGGCCACUCUGUCAUCUCCAGCCCCGGAGGCCCAGUUCCUUCUGCCCUUGCCCCCCUUGGCCUGUCUCCUCUCCUCGGGUUGGGGGCUGUCAGAGUGGCCUCUACAGUGGUGACCAAUGUGGUUCGUCCGGUCGUGAGCACGCCAGUCCCCAUCGCUAGUAAACCCCGAGACGGAGCAGCUUCAUCCAUUCCUCACCCAUCAGACAGGAGGUCCCUCCCAUUGCAACAGGCGCAGCUUCUGAUUGGCUCCGGAGCAGGAAGCGGAGGGCCUGGCUACUACUCCUCAUCGUCACCCAAUCCCAUAGGUGCAGGGGCAGGUCCAGGGGGGCUGGUGACCAGCUUGGUGUUCCCGGGGCACAGCCAGUCCACCGUCCAGCUCAUCAGUCCCUCCCCCAAUCCGUCCUCCCACCACCAGCUGCCCCCCACCGCCCCUGUCUCUGCCCCCACACACAACCACACCAACGGCCCCCUGCCCCUCUCCCUGCUCCAGCCCCAGUUCCUUUCCUCGUCAUCUCUGGCAUCCCCCGGGGGCAAAGCCAUCACACAGGUCCAAUACAUCCUGCCCACCCUAUCAGCCAGCUCCAAUCACAAGAGCCCCUCCCCUCAGCUGCACAACCUGCCGAACAGUAUCUUCAACCUGCCGACAGCUCCGCCCACCCACAUGGCCAUAGCCAAUGGGAAGCAGGUGGGGCUGGGCUCGCUGAUGGGAUACACCUCCAGCCCAGCCGUGGGAGUGGUCAGCCCGGGAGCCAGAGUGCAAUCCCAGUCCCCAGUCCUACAGGGCAAGAUGCUGCUUCCCAUGGCAACAGUGAGGACUGCACCCGCCCCUGCUCAGCAGUACCCCCUCGUGGCUCCACCUCUUCCUGUCCAGAAUGGAGCUCAAGCAGGAAGCAAGAUCUUCCAGAUCGCUCCCAUGCCUGUUGUCCAAUCCCAGCUCCAGCAAGGCGGGGCAGGGCAUCCUGGGAGCCCUUUUCCCGUUACCUUGGGAACGGCCACAGUGUUGCACCAAGGUUCUGCCCCAUCUCAGACUGUGCUGCUGCCGCCCCCACCAACCAGGAUCACCUAUGUCGAGUCCACGCCAGGAGUCCCCUCUGCUCUGCCUCUGGUCUCCACAACAACAGGCUCCUCCUCCCCUCAGCAGGCCCAGCCCACCCCUGGAUCUGCAUAUGUUUCGUCGCCCCUAGCAACGCUGGGCUUUACAGCCAUAGCCCCCCCUGGACAGAACCUAGUCCAACCCCUCAUCACAGGUUUCGGGCAGGGCUGGGCAGGGCCUGGCUUUAAAUUUGCCAGAUGCAAUCAGGCCUGGGUAGGGCAUGGGUUUGGCUCCGGCAUAAAAUGCAUGCCCGUGCAGGGCUCUACAGGUCAGCCUCCCCUUCAGGCCCCAGUCCAGUCCCCUACCUGCCCCUCCCUCCCCUCUGGCCCAGCCUCUGCUUUAGGGGGACAGAUAAUCACCGCCAUCUACCCCCCUACCAGCGUCACCAUGGCAACUGGGAUGGUCUCCAUGGCUACCGGGCCACCCAGCAUGGUGUACACAGUCUCCAGCUCCUCCAGUCUGUCCACCCACAUCCUGCCCAAAUACACAUUCGCCCCCGCCACCCCCAUCACACACACUCACACACACACCCAGCUCCAGUCAGACAGACAAACAGACAGGCACGUGGGGGAGAGACCCACGGACAGAACGUCUCACUCUCAGUCAGAGAAAGCGGCAGACAGACAAGCGGAGACGCAGCCUGAGCUACAGGCGUACGGACAGACGGACAGGCCAACCCUCACGCAGGCGGACAGACAGACGGAGAGGGAAGCCCAGACCUUCAAUAAAAGCAGCAGCUUAGUGGCACCCCCAAGUGGCUCCUCAUUGUCACUGCGGCCCUGUAGCCCCCCCCUGGCCUCUCACACUUCCACAGGCAGUGCACCAGGCACCCCCAAACUUCCCCAGAUCCCGGUGAGAACCCCUCAGAAAAUCAAAGCCACAGUUGCCAACAUCCCGGUGGGCAGCUACGAGGGAGGAGGCCGAGGAAAGGAGAGGGAGAAGAACCGAGAGAGGGAAAGGGAGAAAGAAAGAGAAAACACUGGGGCCAACAGUCGUUUUUCCUUUGAGCUGGAGCGUCCUGUGGAGUCGACGUCCCCCUCCCAACACACACACACUGCUGAGGAGCCCCCCUCUGACAGACCCCCUGAGGGACACGAUCCUGGGGACAACACUGACACAUGCAGCACAGAGGCCAGCAACAAGGAGUCCGGGUGGAAGGACUCCGUCCCCUCCUCACCCCUGCCCCCUCCCUUGGGUACAGACCCUGCCCUGCCACCUCCCCAGAGCGACAAAGACGCCCCUCCUCCCAAGAAGGUGAAGGCCCGCCCCCCGCCACUCAAAAGGACCUUUGACUCUGUGGACAAGGUGUUGUCGGAGGUGUAUUUUGAGGAGCGUUUUGCUCAGCUACCAGAGUUCAGGCCAGAGGAGGUGCUGCCCUCCCCCACCCUGCAGAGCCUGGCCACCUCCCCCCGCGCCAUUCUGGGCAGCUACCGCCGCAAGAGGAAGAACUCCACAGACCUGGACUCGUCCACAGAGGACCCUGUGUCCCCGAAGAGGAGGAGCAGAAGGCGCUCCAGCUGCAGCUCGGAGCCCAGCACACCCAAGAGCGCCGCCAAGUGUGAGGGAGACGUCUUCACCUUCGACCGACCAGCCCCCCUGUCUGUGUGUCCCCCUCCAGGGACAGGUGCUGAUGGAGAGGACAUCCUGGGGGAGCUGGAGUUUGACAAGGUGCCCUACUCCUCUCUGAGACGCACCCUGGACCAGAGACGAGCCCUCGUCAUGCAGCUCUUCCAGGAGCAUGGCUUCUUUCCGUCAGCCCAGGCCACGGCAGCCUUCCAGGCACGCUACUCAGACAUCUUCCCCACCAAGGUGUGUCUGCAGCUGAAGAUCAGGGAGGUCCGACAGAAGAUCAUGCAGACUGCCGUCCCCUCUGAGACCAACGAGGCCUCCUCGCUCCCCGGACCAUCUGGCACCCAAUCAGGGGAAGGGACAGGAGGGGCGGAGCCAUUGGGAGAGGAGGCGGAUCGAGAGCGGGAGAGUAGUCCAGAAGAGCCGAGGGAUUCGCAGGAGUCUUCUAGAUGAAGGAUGCCGACAGGCUGGAUUGACCAAUCAGCGAUGGACCAGUUCCCCAAAUCCCGCCUCUUAAUUUUGUUGAAGCUACACCCCUCUGUCCGUGUGCGUAUCUGGACCGGUCUCUCUCUCUUUCUCCAGAGAGCCAGGUCAGAAAGAGCAAGUGGACGAGACCAAGAGGAUGUGUGUUUGCAAAAUGUGUCAGAGGUGGAAUUGUUUAAAACUUAAAAGGGGAUUUAAAAAAAAGAAGUGUAAUUCCCCCUCUCCAAAAAAUGACAUUUAAAAUGCCAGUGACACACACACACACGGCUGAUGAACCCCAAACUCCAAUACUCACACUUGAAUUAGCACUUUGUUAGUAAUAUGAAUAUUAUCCCUGUAAGCUUCCAUUGAUGCCAGUGGACUAUAGACUAUACAAUAACUCUCCAGCUGUUUCCCAUUGCCUUGGAGCAGGGCCCAUCUUUCAGACUGAAUAGCAUAUCAUUUACUGGGACUGUUUGAGGUAAUUUAUCUCACUCUAACAGGACUGGCUUGUUUUUAAAAAUGGAGGGCUUGGGAAGCAAGAUCAGUUAAUUGGCUGCUGAAGAGGGUCUGGCUCUCAAGUCGCCCAUUGGCUAAUUUGUUUCUGCUGGACAUUAGGGGGCUGGGUCCCCACUGGCUUGAGAUGAUGCCAUUAGAUAGAGAGCCCGCACUACCCUGGUGAGGGAUCAGAAGGAUCCUUGUUCUGUUAGAUUUUUCUCUACUUUGAUCCAUAAAAGCAUAACUUCAGGACAGGUCUGUGAGGGGGACAGGAGAGAGUUUAGGACCUCGCCCUCACUUGCCAUGAUUGGCUACAGAAGAUGCCAGUAAAGCGUGCACAAAGCGUUCCUGCUAGUCUGAUUCGCUCGCCAUGAGGGAAGGAGGCGGGGAGAAGGAGUCAAUGGGCACAUCAUGGCUUUACAUUUCUCACUGUCACUUCUACCAUGUUUUAUAUAUUUGUAGACUUCAGUUGAGGACGUCAGGCUGACAGGCCUAUUACAUUUAAUGCCAAGCAGUUUUAUUAUCUAACUUUUUUUUAAAGACAUCGAACUUGUCUUCUUUUUUAAUCAAACACAUGUAACUUUGCAGUUCAUUAUGUUGUUAUUGUAUUACUGUUACUAAUAUUACUCCUCUCAUUGUUAUAGUGGACCUGAUCCUUGCUACGGGCUGGUAGCAAUGUCAUAUGAUUAGCUCUAGCAACCGGUUUGCAUAUUUGAGGGGAAUGGGACGUUUGAGAGAGAUGGUCCUCACCUGUGCCUCUUUCCCUCUCUUUUGUCUUCCCUUUCAACACCCUCACUUCGCCCCAGCAAGGACCUGGGGUGACAAAUAUUUUUAUUAAUUUCAAUGAGGGAUAACAAAAAGAGGGUUGACAUUUGUAUUCGUUUUAAGUGUAAUAAGUAUGUUUUUGGACAACCCUGAAAACCGCUCUCUCUCUCUCACUCCCCUGCUAGUAAGGUUUGAUUCUAUAGCCUCCUCCUUCCUCCCUCUUUUCCUUCCAUUCAUCCUUCCUUACUGUUCUCUCUAGAUCUUUUUUUGGGGUGGGAGGAGGUAAGCCUGGAGGGGGCAGGGCAGUAUAUAGAGUGGUAGGGUAUAAUAUUGGUUGUCUUUGUGCAAGACCUGGUUGUUGUACAUAUUAUUUACUGUAGUCAGGAGACUCACUAUAAUAUUAAGGAACAAUGUGUACCUGACUUGUAUUGACUUUUAAAAGACGACAUUACACAACGUCAAACUCCCAAAAUUGACAAAUUAUUAUUAACGUUUUACUCCUUGUUUUACUGAGAUACAGUUUGCAAGAUAAACUUAAAUUAUUCAUAAAUGUACAUCUAUCUUUCAGUAUACAAAUAAAUGUUCAAGGUAA